AACUGAAAGCCCACCCAUGACCGCUUGUUUGUAUUCUUCCGAUACCAACAUCGAUAACUUUGGGCGGACGUGAUCCCUGGCGCAAGACCAAUCAUCCACCUCACUGUUGUAAUCUAGACAACGUAUUGUACGAUUGGGAUUAUUUCGAGUAACAGUCCGCCAAAUUUCUUUUUGCAUCUCCAUCAGAAGCUGCGACGGGACGCUUGGCUCAAUUCACUGCAAGUUUGCAGCAAAUAAGCAAGGGAACAUUGAACUCUGCAGCGGACGGACCCCAACCUCCAACUUGGGUGCACCAACACGGAGAUGGGCGACAUUGUCGAGUACCUGUGCCAGAACGAGCCCAGCUUCCGCAAGGCACGCCUACCCGCUCUUUACUCCGACUUCAUCGGCCAACGCGCCUCGAACCCCGACGGCUACGCCGCGAACGUAUCGGCAUGGCGCCGCGCCCUUGCCACCGUGGCUCGCUCCGGCUUGGUCAACGCCGCGGGCUCUGGCUCUCCAAACACGCUGGUCCUCGUCACCGAUGAGAGCCUCGUCCGCGCACUCGAGAGUAGGCAAUACGGCCGACCGCUCGCCCUCGGUGUGGUUGUGCAGGAAGCGAUAGCUGCAGGCGACCUCAUUCCGCUCAAGGAUUUCCUCAGCGCCAAGCAGAGCAUAUACGACAAGUCAUCCUCCUGGGGAGCUCUGCCGCUGAAUGUUGUCAGCUGGGGAUUCAGGCAGCUAGGGGCCAUGGCGGGCUUGGGAGGACCGUCUGAGAAGAUGCCCAAGGCGCAGCUUGUCGUUGUCGCGAAUCUGGAACUGGCUGCUAAGGCCUUUGGUGAAAAGACGGCGGAUGCAAGCUCGAGAUUCGAACGGACGUGGUCGAAGCCUCAUUUUCUAAAAACAGUCGCGGCGUCUUUGCUCCCGUCUGGACCCUCAGGGCCCAUGACUCUGUCUCCGACUGACGUCGAUGUUCUACUGACUUUCUUAUCAAGGGAUAAAGACUUGGUAGUUUAUGAUGGCAAUACUAUCAGGAUGAAAGAUGCCACCGGCCAGGAAUCAUCCAUGAUCACGCAGGAGGACGUAGCGAUUGCACAACUGAAGGAGCUGAGGGAGUAUCUGGGUCAUCAAACGCGCAUCCUCGAGCGUCGCAUCGAGGACCUUGCCGCCGCCGCCAAAGACGCGGUCGCUAAGAAAAACCGCGUCUCGGCACUUGCGGCGCUCAAGUCCAAAAAGCUUGCCGAGACGUCACUGGCGAGUAGGUUUGCCACGCUGUCCCAGCUGGAGGAGGUUGCGUCCCGCAUCGAGCAGGCAGCAGACCAGGUUCAGCUGGUCAAGGUCAUGGACACGAGCACCGAGGCGCUGCGUGGGCUCAACGAGCAGAUCGGCGGGGUCGAGCGCGUCGAAGACGUCGUUGACCGACUGCGGGAACAGAUGGAUGCCGUCGACGAGGUCGGCACCAUCCUUGCCGAGUCGGGCCCGGGUCUGGACGAAGGCGAGCUCGACGACGAGCUGGCCGCCCUCGAGGGAGAAGAGAAAAAGAAGGAGGAGGAGACAGCCGAGCGCAUGCGCAAGGAGGCCCAAGCUGUCAAAGAGGCCCAGCAAAUCAAAGAGGCCGAGGAGCUGCGCCAAAAGCUCAAUGCCAUCGGCGAAGUUCCUACAUCACUUCCAGGGACCAACAAUCCGGCUAUUACGGACGCUCAGCGAGAAGACCCAUCCAGAUUGGACUCAGUUGAGAGGGACACAGUUGAGGUUCUCACAAAAUUGUCUCUUGAGGAAGAUCGACAGGCACAGCCGGCUGUCUGAUAAACAAAUCACAUAUUCGCAACUUACAGGUAAUAAGCAUCUACAUGGCGUACGGCGGACUUUCUUUUUCUUGGACGGGUAGGCAUGAUUUGUAACACGUUAACGGUAUUAUCAUCAACGUAUUUGACCCGUUGUGGUCAGAAUCAUAUACUAUUACAAUUCCGAGCACGUUAUAUAUCUUUUUAGCAAAUCUGAGCUGGCAAGUCUCUAAAACAUUAAUUCGUAAUCAUGACUGUG